UUGACUAUCCCUCUAAUCAGUGUCCACGCCAAAAUCCAUGGACCCAAAUUUUCUCUACAUUGCCUUCGACCUGGCAUAUUUUUCAGUGUAACUGUUCGUUUCGACAAUUGUAUAGAAAGACAAGCAGCUGGUUAUGCUUUUGAGUUGAUUCGCGACUUUAAAGCGGAUAUAAUCGUUGGUCCAACUUGUAAUAUUCCGUCGAUUUCUGUUGGAGCCAUUACCGCGUACUACAAUCUACCUGUUUAUACUUGGGGAUUUACAACUGCUAAUGAACUUGCCGAUACUAUUAGAUUUCCUACUUGUGUCGUACUCACCCCGAACUAUUUGACUUUGAGCUUAGCAUUGCUAGCCGUCAUGGAUCACUUCAGUUGGGAUGCUUUUGCUUUCAUUUACUCAGCCAGUGAAGAUGCACAAAAGUGUCCGAUUUUUCUGGCAGAUGUCCAAGUAAGUCUGUGA